AUGAAGAAUUUCUGCCAUAAAAGUAAUGUUUUUUGUCUGAUGCUGUUGGCACAAUUGGCACCAUUGAUUUUUCUGUCGGCUUCAGGCAGAACCUACAACAAGUUAAUGUGGAAGACAACUCCCCUCUGCUCCAAAUCAAGCAACAAAAGUUCGACAUUCUUGACGAGUAACAUCCCUCUAGAACUAAUAAGCGAUAGAAAAUUGGUUGAAAGAUGUGGAUUAAGAUGCGAAACAUCAAAGGAAUCAUGCUUUGCAUUUCAAAUCAACGUUACAAAGUCGGCGAGCGGCGAUGCGUAUGAUCUGCUCUGUUAUCAUUUCAGUGGCUUGCCCGACGGCAUGCACAAGGACUCUACUGAAAACUGUUCACUCUAUGUUUCUGAUUACCCUGCCUACAUCAACAUCUCGUCGUGGGCUGGUAGCGACGCAUCUCGAUACUCAACUGAUCCCAAUCCAUUGAACGUGAAAGUGAUGGGUCAUCAAUGUUAUUACAGCACGAACAGGGGGGUCAACAUCUACACACUCAGUCUGAAAAACUCGUUGCUGUAUGAUUUUAGAAAUUUUGAUUUUUACUACUCAAGCACCAAUGCUCUGGCAAUGAAAGAUUAUUUCAUGAGUGUAGAGCUUGGAACGGUGCUGGUCGGCCAAACGUGUGACGAACCAUCCUCAAACAUCGGAUCAGUGUUAAGUUAUUUGAAGAGUGUCAAUCUGGAUGUUUCGAACCUGCAGUACAGAGGCAAGUGGAUGUUCGUGUGGCAGCAAGGUGCUUACGAGAAGGCUCUGUCCUUCGUUGAUAACUCGCUCAGUCCACUUCCUAAACAGUUUAUCGUCUGCAAUACAGGGGAAUGGAAGCAUGCAGUAGAGGAACGUUCACGAGAACAAUGCUUUUUUAAUGGUGAAGAAACAGCUGAGUUGAAAUGGACAGCUCAACCCCUAUUCUCCAACUCUAGCAGGAAAAAUUUGAUUUAUCAUAAAAGCGGCAAAACAGGAGGGCAGCUGGAUAGAAGAGGACACGUGAUGAAAUGUGCCUUCCGCUGCCAAGCAUCGAAUGGAGCAUGUUUCGCAUUCCAAGUGGAUCUGAUGAAGACGGAAGUGUUUUGCUACCAUUUCAGUGAUCUACCUGACUCCAUUUACUACGUGAAUCUUUCCGACGAUUGCUUCUUGUAUUCUGCUGAAAAAGGAAUCAACUUGUUCCAAGUGGACAUACAAAGUUUACAGAUCCUCAAUUUCAGAAAUUUCGAUGUAUUGAAUCAUGGGGUCAUUGUAACAGAACUUCUGAGGCAGUAUCUCCUGAGUCUCGAACCUGGGACAGUGCUGAUUGGUCGGACAUGUGAUGAAGCCCGGACAAACCUCGAAAAAAUAUUUCCUUACUUGCUGAGUGUCAACCUGAAUGCUACCGACCUGGUUUUUAGGGGAAAGUGGAUAUUUGUUUGGCAGCAGGGCGCCUACGAUAACACCCUUUCCUUCAUUUUCAACUUGAACAACCCCUUAUCCAAGCAGUUUGUUUUUGCCAAUUCAGAUUGGUUAAAUGUCUGCAAGAACCAUUUCGAAAUGCCCGAAGGUUAA